AUGUCCGAAGAUCUCAAGUCCGCCAUUAAGGAUAAGAAGGCCACGGUUGGCAUUGUUGGUUUGGGUUAUGUGGGCCUUCCGCUGAUUCAAGCCUUUAUCGCAGCCGGCUUCCGCACCAUGGGCUUCGACGUCGAUCAAACCAAGGUCGAUCGCCUGAUGGCAGGCGAAAGCUACAUCGGCCACAUCCCCGGCGAGUGGAUUGCCGACACGAUCAAGAGCGAAACAUUCCGACCUACCGCAGACAUGUCUCGGCUGAGCGAACCGGACGCGAUUCUGAUUUGUGUCCCGACGCCGCUUUCCAAUAGUCGCGAUCCCGACCUGACCUACGUCGAAGCCACGGCCCGACAGAUCGUCGAGGUCCUUCGUCCUGGACAACUCGUGGUGCUUGAAAGCACAACCUACCCCGGCACCACGCGUGACGUGCUCCAGCCCAUUCUGGAGUCCAAGGGCCUCAAAGCCGGAAAAGAUUUCUAUCUGGCGUACAGCCCUGAGCGCGAGGAUCCGGGCAACCCACAAUUUGCAGCAAGCACAAUCCCGAAGGUUGUUGGCGCUGCCGAUGAAACAAGCCUUACCCUGGCUCGCGACUUGUACUCGCACGCAGUGGUCGAAGUCAUUCCGGUGAAAACCGCCGAAGUCGCCGAGGCCUGCAAGAUUUUAGAGAACACCUAUCGCGCGGUGAACAUCGCGAUGGUUAACGAGUUGAAGAUGCUCUUCUCACGCAUGGACAUCGAUGUGUGGGAUGUGAUCGAUGCAGCCAAGACAAAACCGUUUGGAUUCCAAGCCUUCUACCCUGGCCCCGGCUUGGGCGGACACUGCAUUCCGAUCGAUCCGUUCUAUCUCACUUGGGUCGCCCGCAAUUACGGGCUAUCGACCCGAUUCAUCGAACUGGCUGGCGAAAUCAACUCGAAGAUGCCGGAGUACGUCAUCGAACAGUUGAUGGAACUCCUCAACAAGAAGGGGAAACCAGUCAACGGUAGCAAGAUCGCAAUGCUGGGCGUGGCGUACAAGAAGGACGUCGACGACCCCCGCGAGAGCCCUUCGUUCGAGCUGAUCGAACUUCUGAUGGAACGUGGAGCGGUGCUGACCUACAACGACCCGCACGUUCCGAAGUUGCCGAAGAUGCGUGGUCACGAUGUGCCGGACAUGAGCAGCUCGGAACUCACCCCCGAGUAUCUCAGCCAGCAGGACUGCGUGUUGAUCGCCACCGACCACUCGGCUUACGACUACGACUUCAUCGUCAAGCACUCUCCAAUGGUGCUCGACACCCGCAAUGCUACGAAGAACGUGACGCAAGGGCGGGAGAAGAUCUACAAGGCGACGGGUCGACGGAUGAAAUCCACAUUGAAGCUCUGCGGUUGGCUCCUGGUGAUUUUAACCACGGCGCAACUCGCCGCGGCGGCCGAUUUCCGCAUCGUGAGCCGAGUCUACGCAGACAAAGAGGCCGAACCUUUCAGCAAGUCGAUCACGCUCUUCCAUGCCGGGCUGGCUUACGACUUCCUCGAAGAGCCAAGCGAAACCACAGUGCUCGAUCCACAACGUGGUCGCAUCAUCUUGCUCAGCAAAGCGCAACGGCUGAAAUCCAUAAUCAGCACUUCGGAGAUCGUCGAGUUCGCUACUCAGAUGAAGCUGCGUGCAGGUAAUAACAAAGAUGAAUUGCUGAGAUUCAUGGCAGAGCCCGAAUUCAAAGAAACGUGGGAUAAGCAAGGCGAACGCCUCACGCUCUCCAGCAAGUUGAUGACUUACCGGGUCGUUCCCAUGAAAGCGCCUUCGCAAGAAGUGGCCCAACAGUAUCGCUACUUUUCCAACUGGUACGCCCAGCUCAAUUCGAUGACGAAUCCACAAGGACUUCCACCAUUCGCGCGGGCAAAGCUAGAUGAUGCCCUCGAGCGACGGGACAUGCUCCCUGAGAAAGUCGAACUCACAGUCUCCUUCCCCACCGCCCUGGGUCGCCGCGAAGUAAAGCUCCGCAGCGAACACGAGAUUGCCUGGAAGCUUCUCAACGCCGACAAGACCCGCAUCAACGACACCCACCGAAACAUGGCCGAGUACCGCGAAGUGCCAUUCACCGAAUUCCAACAACGCACCGCCCCCCAACAAGCCGCCCGUAAGUAG